UCUAGAGCGAUCCAGCUUGAGCUCCCCACGGAUUUUUUUUUCUAUAGCGCGAUGGCCGAUACACAUGACAAUCUCCACAUAGUGAUGCUUCCAUGGUUGGCCUUUGGCCACAUGACACCAUACUUGGAGCUAGCCAAGUUAAUGGCCGGAAAGGGUCACCGGAUAUCGUUCUUGUCGGCCCCAAGAAACAUAGAUCGCCUCCCGAAACCCACUCCAGACCUCACCCCUCUCAUCAGCUUCGUGAAGCUCCCCUUACCGGCCAUUGAACACUUGCCAGAGGGUGCCGAAGCAACCAGCGACCUACCUUACGACAAAAUCCAGUACCUCAAGAAGGCUUACGACAUGCUCCAAGAACCCGUGGCUCGGUUCCUCGAAUCAUCGGAUCCCGAUUGGAUCAUGUAUGAUUUUGCUCCGUAUUGGGCCGGCUCGAUCGCUUCUAGGCUUGGCAUAAGGAGUGUUUUCUUCACUAUUUUGAUUGGUGCCGGCUUGGGCUUCAUUGGGCCAUCACAGGAUUCAAAGGGGGGAGACUACCGGAAAACCCCGGAGGAUUUCACCAGGCCCCCCAAGUGGGUUCCGUUCCCAACCAAGGUCGCAUUCCACCACUUUGAGAUCAAGAAGAUUUUUGAUUCGGUCACGGGCAACGCAUCGGGCGUCACAGAUUUAUAUCGGCUGAAGGCAAGCCAAGAAAACUGUGACAUAAUAGCACUUAGAAGCAGUUAUGAGGUCGAACCCGAAUGGUUAACCCUCCUCAAGGACGUCUACGCCAAACCGGUCUUCCCUGUAGGGCAACUUCCCCCAGGCGAUCCCGACUCCCGAGGCGAAACCGAAACAUGGCGGUUGAUCAAGGAAUGGCUUGAUGCACAAAAGAACGGUACCGUGGUGUACGUGGCAUUUGGCAGCGAGUCCAAACCAACUCAAACCGAAUUGACCGAGAUUGCCCUAGGGCUAGAGCUUUCGGGGUUACCAUUUUUCUGGGUACUCAAGACUCGGCUCGGCUCGGCCGACAGUGAGUUGAUCAUGUUGCCGGACGGUUUUGAGGAGCGUGUCAAAGGGCGUGGCGUGGUUUGGGAUAGUUGGGUGCCGCAGCUCAAGAUACUCGCGCACAACUCGGUGGGCGGGUUCUUGACUCAUGGUGGGUGGAAUUCGGCGGUGGAGGCACUAAGCUUCGAGAGAGCCCUAAUACUUUUCACAUUCUUGGCAGAUCAAGGACUAAAUGCAAGGCUAUUGGAGGAGAGACAGAUUGGGUAUUCGAUACCAAGAAAUGAGUCGGAUGGGUCGGUCACAAGGCAGUCUGUGGCUGAGUCGCUCAGGAUGGUGAUGGUGGAAGAAAAGGGCAGGGUUUACCGAGAGAAAGCGAAGGAGAUGAGGCCUAUUUUUGAGGAUAAGGACAUCCAAGAACGUUAUGUCAACAACCUUCUCAACUAUCUGAAGGACCACAGGCCUGUGAAACACCCAAAAUCAAAGGGGAUCAUAAUAUGAGGCAAGAAGUUAUGACGUGGUUCAAGUGUCCUUAGGAAUGUCUGGUGCUUCUGCUGAGUUUUUCAAUGUUUUGCAACAAAGGUGAUUUGCUUUGUGAGUGAAACUACGAUGUGUUCUUUCAUUACGUCAAGGAGAAAGUGAUUUAUGUAUCAAUCGCUCAAUGGACAAAGCAUAAUUGAUCAAUAAUCACAUUGUUUGC